UUAAUUUUAGUUCAAAAUAAUUUAAUCUCAUAUAAGGACAGCUGUAAACUUAUUAUUCUUUAUGUCAAUGUCCAAUAGUUUUUAUAACCGUAUUAUGAAUUGAAAAGUUUUAUUAAUUGAAUAAUUUAUAAAAGAAAAUAUGGGUACCUACAAUAAAACCCUUGAUUCCAUUGCAGUAAAAUUGGGUCUCAAUGAAGAAGAAAAAGUUUUAAAUAAAGCAGCAGAAUUUGAACGACUUCUUCAAGCAAAGACAAUUGCGGGCAGCAAUAUCACAGACACAAGCAAAGUUGCGAUAUGCCUUGAUAUAGCUGCUGGGAUGUUUGGUGUUGAUUAUGAUGUGAAAACAGCUAUCAAAUACUCAGGCCUCAAGCCAGCUAUGUAUGCUAAUAGUAGAAAAGUCUUGGAGAACCUUCUAGAAAUCAAUAGUGACAAGUUGAGUACCUCAAUGCUAUGCAUUACACUGCAAUGUAGUGGUGUACAAUCAUUGGCUGAUAAAAUAUUGGAGAGUUACCAGAAGCAUGCUAAAAUGGAAAUAGACUUGAAUCUCCCACAAUACGUGUGUAUAGCAGUGUAUCAAGCAUGCAGAAUAAAUAAAGUUAAAGUGUCAAAGAGUAAAAUAAUAGAGAAGAGUCGUUUGAAACCAUCGCAGUGGGCGAAGUUAGAUGCAGACUGGACUAAAUAUGUCGAUGACAACUUUACUGGUGUUCAGAAGAAAAAGGGGCGCCGACAGAAAGACGUAAAGCAAAACGAUGAUAAUCAAGAAAAAAUGGAAGUAGACAGCCCAAAAAAAGAUGUAACAGAACCUCAAAUAGAAUCUUACAUGGACUGGAAGCAACGCAUGCUGCAAGCUGCUUACAAAGAGUUAUCAGAAUUGGAAAAUAACAGAAAACAAAGUAUGACCCCCAGGAGAUCGCCAAGGAAAACGCCACAGAAGUUUUCACCGUAUAAAAGUUCUAGCAAAAUUAACGGUGUUAGGUUAUUAUUUCCUUUAAAUUCAUGAUAUUGUAUGUAUGU